AUGGGUCAUUACACAAAUCAUUUUGUUUUACUCUUUCUGGUCAAUUUCAGCUUUUUUUUCGUUACUUCUAAUGCUUCAUUGAUCAAUGUGGUUAACUUUGGGGCUAAACCUGAUGGAAAUUUCGACUCUACCACUCCCUUCCUUAGGGCAUGGUCUUCGGCAUGCACAUCAGUAGAACAAUCCAAAAUUUACGUACCCAAAGGAAGUUUCUUGUUAAAACAAGUGACAUUUGGGGGUCCUUGCAAAAACAAUAUUAUAUUUCAAAUUGAUGGCACUAUUGUUGCCCCUUCAAAUUAUUUGUCAUUGGGUAAUUCUGGAUAUUGGAUCUUGUUUAGCAAUCUAGAUGGUGGGAUUUCAAUAAAUGGUGGGAUUCUUGAUGGAAAGGGUGAUGGCUAUUGGGGUUGCAAAAGUGGAGGAUCGAGUUGUCCUAAUGGAGCAAGGUCAAUAUCGUUCAGUUGGUGCAACAAUGUGAGGGUUAGUGGAUUAACAUCAUUAAAUAGCCAAGCCAUGCACAUGUCCCUCAAUUAUUGCAAGGAUGUUUUGAUCCAAAAUGUGAAUAUCAAAGCUCCUAGUACAAGCCCUAAUACAGAUGGAAUCAAUAUGCAGUUUUCAACUAGGGUUAAUGUUAGCCAUUCCACCAUAAUGACCGGUGAUGAUUGCAUAUCCAUUAGCCAAGGUAACACCAAUGUGUGGAUUGAGCAUGUUGCUUGUGGUCCUGGACAUGGCAUUAGCAUUGGUAGCUUGGGCAAUUUUGUGAACGAGGCUGGAGUUCAGAAUGUGACGGUGAUCCAUUCAGUAUUCAGCGAAACACAAAAUGGGGUUAGGAUAAAAUCGUGGUCAAAAUCAAGCAAUGGAUAUGUAAGAGACAUUGUGUUCAAGAAUCUCACCAUGCAAAAUGCCUAUAACCCCAUCAUUAUUGAUCAAACAUAUUGCCCCUCUGGAAGUUGUCCUCAUGAGGGUUCAAGCGUGAAGAUAAGCAGAGUAUCAUAUGAACAAAUAAAGGGAACUUCAGCAUGUCCAGUAGCAAUAAAUUUUGAUUGCAGCCAAAGCAAACCAUGUGAGGGUAUCAAAUUACAAGACAUAAACCUCAAUUACUAUAACCGAUCUGCUAUGUCAUCUUGUACAAAUGUUGGUGGGUUUAACAUUGGAACAGUCAUCCCAAAGAGUUGUCUUUGAAAAUAUUUGUUAAAAAAUCUCAAUUUAUCGCAACCAAAAGAUAAAGGUUAAAAAC